AGCCGCGCGAGUCAGAGCAGGGUUGGCACCGUGGAGGCGACGGCGCGCGGCGGUGGGGCAGCUGGACAUUCCCCGCGGGGCAGUGUUGCACCUCAGCCCUGAUAGCCGUGCUUGGCUCAUGGCGGCGCUCAGUGACUGCUGAGUGACUGAUCGAACAAGGGGCAAGCCAAGAUGUUUCUGGACCAGAUGACGCUUGAGGAGCUUCCCAGCUCUGAGACACUAGGCUAGGAAACCCCAGUCUGGAUCUGCAGAAGAUUUCUCCUGUCCUCUUCGCACAAUGUCAGGGAGUCACGUACCUUCUGCCAAUGGCCCCUUCUCAGCCCUGACUCCGAGCAUGUGGCCCCAGGAGAUCCUGGCCAAGUACGCGCAGAAGGAGGAGGCCGUGGAGCAGCCGGAGUUCUGCUAUGAUGAGUUCGGGUUCCGUGUGGACAAGGAAGACGCAGAUGGCACCCCCUAUUCUGGCCAGCUGCUGGAGGAUCCUCCCCAGAGGCUGCGCUGGCAGGCCCACCUGGAGUUCACCCACAACCACGACGUGGGGGACCUCACCUGGGACAAGAUUGCCGUCUCCCUGCCCCGCUCGGAGAAGCUCCGCUCCCUGGUGCUGGCCGGGGUCCCCCACAGCAUGAGGCCGCAGCUGUGGAUGCGGCUAUCCGGGGCCCUACAGAAGAAGAGGAACUCUGAGCUGUCCUACCGAGAGAUCGUGAAGAACAGCUCCAACGAUGAGACCAUUGCCGCCAAGCAGAUCGAGAAGGACCUGCUCCGCACCAUGCCCAGCAACGCCUGCUUCGCCCACGUGAGCGGCGUCGGGGUGCCCCGCCUGCGCAGGGUGCUCCGAGCGCUGGCCUGGCUCUACCCGGAGAUCGGCUACUGCCAGGGCACGGGCAUGGUGGCUGCCUGCCUCCUGCUCUUCCUGGAGGAGGACGACGCCUUCUGGAUGAUGUGCGCCAUCGUGGAGGACCUGCUCCCCGCCUCCUACUUCAGCACCACCCUGCUGGGCGUGCAGACGGACCAGCGCGUCCUGCGGCACCUCAUCGUCCAGUACCUGCCUCGCCUGGACAGGCUGCUCCAGGAGCACGACAUUGAGCUGUCGCUCAUCACGCUGCACUGGUUCCUCACGGCCUUCGCCAGUGUGGUGCACAUCCGCCUGCUGCUGCGCCUCUGGGACCUGUUUUUCUACGAGGGCUCCCUGGUGCUGUUCCAGGCCACGCUGGGCAUGCUGCGCCUCAAGGAGGACGAGCUGAUCCAGUCGGAGAACUCGGCCUCCAUCUUCAACACGCUGUCGGACAUCCCGUCGCAGCUGGAGGACGCAGACCUGCUGCUGGCGGAGGCCAUGCGGCUGGCGGGCUCGCUCACCGCCGUGGCUGUGGAGACCCAGCGCCGCAAGCACCUGGCCUACCUCCUGGCUGACCAGGGCCAGCUCCUGGGUGCCAACGCCACCGCCAGCCUCUCUCAGGUGGUCCGCCGCAGGACCCAGCGGAGGAAGUCCGGCAUCACAUCGCUGCUCUUUGGGGAGGAUGACCUCGAGGCGAUGAAGGCCAAGAACAUCAAGCAGACGGAGCUGGUGGCUGACCUUCGGGAAGCCAUCCUGCGCGUGGCCCGCCACUUCCAGUGCACAGACCCCAAGAACUGCAACGUGCAGGAGCUGACCCCGGACUACAGCAUGGAGAGCCACCAGCGGGACCACGAGAACUACGUGGCCUGCUCGCGCGGCCACCCGCGCCGGGCCAAGGCCCUGCUGGACUUCGAGCGCCAUGACGACGAUGAGCUGGGCUUCCGCAAGAACGACAUCAUCACGAUCGUCUCCCAGAAGGACGAGCACUGCUGGGUGGGGGAGCUGAACGGCCUGAGAGGUGAGGCCUCCGUCUGGUGUGUCGUUCAGGGCUGGGGGAGGGCGGGCCAGGCCGUGAAGCUGCGGCGGCGCCGGGUUUGCUCGGCGUGCCGGUCGCCCUGUGUCCUCAGCCCCGUGGCGGUGGCUGCGUGCCUCCCGGGCUCUGCUUCUCCCACAGGCUGGUUUCCAGCCAAGUUCGUGGAAGUCCUGGAUGAGCGGAGCAAGGAGUACUCCAUCGCGGGGGACGACGCUGUGACGGAGGGGGUCACAGACCUCGUGAGAGGGACCCUCUGCCCGGCCCUCAAGGCCCUGUUUGAGCACGGACUGAAGAAGCCUUCGCUGCUCGGGGGCGCCUGCCACCCCUGGCUGUUUAUCGAGGAGGCGGCGGGCCGGGAGGUCGAGAGAGACUUCGACUCCGUGUACUCCCGCCUGGUGCUGUGCAAGACGUACAGGUUGGACGAAGACGGCAAAGUCCUGACCCCAGAGGAGCUGCUCUACCGGGCUGUGCAGUCUGUUAACGUGACUCACGACGCCGCACAUGCACAAAUGGACGUGAAGCUCCGCUCCCUCAUCUGCGUGGGGCUCAACGAGCAGGUGCUGCACCUGUGGCUGGAGGUGCUCUGCUCCAGCCUGCCGACCGUGGAGAAGUGGUACCAGCCCUGGUCCUUCCUGCGCAGCCCCGGCUGGGUCCAGAUCAAGUGUGAGCUGCGGGUCCUCUGCUGCUUCGCGUUCAGCCUCUCCCAGGACUGGGAGCUUCCUGCAAAGAGAGAGGAGGAGAAGAAGCCCCUGAAGGAGGGCGUCCAGGACAUGCUGGUGAAGCACCACCUCUUCAGCUGGGACAUUGACGGGUGACAUGCUCCUCCAGGGGCCCUGCCUCACCCAGGUGCCCCCCUGCCCGCCCAGCAAGGAGAGAACUGCCCGGCCCAGGCCAGCCCGAAGCUGCAGGGUCAAGGGGAGGACACGCUCCAGAGCUCUGGGCACCGUGGUGGGGGGUGCAGAGGGUGGCAGGAGCAGGAGGAGGUGCCUAGCUUUGCCGAGCCCCCCAGGACUGGGGGAGGGCCUUGUCCUGCCAGCGUCUUCACAGAGGCCCUGGGCCCAGCUCCGUGCUGUCAGGUUUUGCUCAGGAAGAGGGUGGGGGUGGCUGAAGGCUCCUGGGCCUCCUUGAUUUAUCAAUAAACUCUUGUCUUUGAGAAAGCA